AUGGCGGUGGAACACUUCAUUCCUCACGUGGGUGGGAAGCCGGUUCUCGACGAACUGCAGAAGUCGUUGGGGUUUUCCAACCUUGAUAUGGAGGCUUCGAGAAUGACACUGUAUAGAUAUGGAAACACAUCCAGCAGCUCCAUAUGGUAUGGACUGGCUUACGUGGAGGCUAAAGGUCGGGUCAAGAAAGGAAAUCGGGUUUGGCAGAUUGCGUUCGGGUCAGGUUUCAAGUGUAGUAGUAUAAUCUGGCGUGCAAUGAAGAUUGUUGAUUUUGAUGAUAAGAAUCCGUGGACAGAAGAGAUUGCUUGGUUUCUGGUUUCGGGGAAUUUGGUGGGUUGCGAACCUUUUCCCUCUUAUUUUGAACCUUCCAAGUAA